AUGGAGCAGAACGCGAUCUGCAACGCGGAACGUCAAAAUCCGCGGGGUGGUUCAGCACUCCUCGAACGAUUAGCUGGCAACACUUCUCAAGGAUGCCUGCGACUCCUCCAUCCAGCGAAUGUUGCUCUUCAAACUGAAAGUACUAGGUCCGCAAUGUUGUAUGCUCAUCCGCUGACCGACAGCAGCAAAUGCAUAUGGUUGACUGUUCUCGUGCUGUGCUGUACGAUUCGAGUCGUUGAGCUCCAAAGCCAGGAGAUGUUCAAGGCGUUCUACGAGUUUGCAAUGCCAACAUUUGCACAGUCCUCUGCAUUCGAUCCACCGUUCGUGGGAGGCCUCGGACAGGCUGGGUCAGUUGAGGUUCAACCUGAUGGUACACCUGUUGGUGCUGUAGGAGGAGGCGGUCCACCGGGAAUUGCUCUCGUUGCAGCAGACGAUUCGCCAAGGAAAACCGAAGGCGCAGGCGGGCGGCGGCUUGCUGGGGAGCCCUCGUUGAAUAGCCAGGAUGCUGGAACGUGGAUGAGUGCUCCGGUACCCGUGCCUGCUGGGUCGAACCAGGAUGCUUCACUUCGGGUAAACGGAAGCCAAAACAUGCUACAGUACCAACCGGAAACUGCUUUUGGGAGCUCAGGAAUGUUGAGGCAUGUGGCGCCUGGUUCGGUAUCAGGUGGUGUAAAUGGACAGUUCAGUUCGCCGUCACCUCCGCCUUCCUCACCUGCGGCUGUGUCUGAACUCCCGCCAUAUGGAGGAGUAAGUGCCGUUCCACCCCUGAGAAGCACGACGACCCAAGAAGCACUAUUGAUUCUCACAAGGCCUCGACCGUCACUGACUGCGAUGGCUGCUGCAGCUGCUUCACUGACUCGUGCAGCUCCAGAAGGUCGGUGGAACUCGCGCAAUAAGGGACCGCCACGGCCACCACUUCGUGUAGGGGAUGGCAAAAUGAAGGUUAUCCAUUUUCUGGGCAUGACUGCUGAGAAACAGCGUGUUCUCCUGUCCUCACGUAAAUCCCCACCUCUGUGGCCGUUGAUGACACACUGCCGUCUAGAGCGUCUUAUGCGCACCCUUCUGAUAACAAGAGGACCCGAGCUACUGCGUGCCACCCGAGAGCGCCGCUGCAGAGAAUUGGCGCGUGUUACAGCGGGCGGGCAGGGUUCCAUUCAAAUGCAGGAGUCAGCAGCAAUAUCGUACAGUGGGAUGAACGCACCAUCAUCGUCAUCAUCAUCACAGAGUUCAUCCGAUACACCACUGAGGCAGCCACACACCGGCCCACAUGUCGGUGAAACAUGUUGUCCCGGGCGUAGCUCGGGUGACCCCCAUGAGUCUGGACGCGUUGCGGAUGACGAAGAUAUGGAUCUGACAGUACAGCCGGCGUGCGAUUAG